CCUCCGGGACUUGAGAGGCUCAGUCGACUUGCUGACAGAAAACCGAUAUGGCGGCCACUCUGGGCAGCGGGGAGCGCUGGACCCAAGGGGGAAUUUGACAGACGCGGGUCCCUGAGCUCACAGAACUGUCAAGAGUUUGACCGGUUAACAGCCUUUUACAAAACACGGCCACUUACAUUGAUGCAAUUAGAAGAAACAAAUACCCAGAAGACAAGCAACCUGACAGCCAUGAUCCCUGUGGUUGCUGUAACUGCAUGAAGGCACAAAAGGAAAAAAAGCCUGAGAAUGAGUGGAGUCAGACCCGGCAGGGAGAUGGGAACGCCACUUACACAGAAGAACAGCUACGUGGGGUACAAAGAAUCAAGAAGUGCAGAAAUUACUAUGACAUUCUGGGUGUUUCUCACAAUGCCAGCGAUGAAGAGCUUAAGAAAGCAUAUAAGAAACUCGCCCUGAAGUUUCACCCCGACAAGAACUGUGCUCCUGGAGCAACAGAUGCCUUCAAAGCGAUAGGAAAUGCCUUUGCAGUCCUGAGCAAUCCCGACAAGAGGCUCCGCUAUGAUGAGUAUGGAGAUGAGCAGGUGACUCUCACUGCACCUCGAGCAAGACCGUAUCAUUACUACAGAGAUGUUGAGGCAGACAUCUCCGCAGAAGAAUUAUUUAAUGUGUUCUUUGGAGGACAUUUCCCUUCAGGAAAUAUUCACAUGUUCUCAAAUGUGACAGAUGACAGUCACUAUUAUCGCAGGCGGCACCGCCACGAGAGGACACAGACACAUAAGAGAGAGGAAGAUAAAUCUCAGACUCCGUAUUCCGCGUUUGUUCAGCUGCUUCCGGUUCUGUUGAUUGUGACUAUUUCUGUCAUUACUCAGCUGCUGGCUGCUAAUCCGCCAUAUAGUCUAUUCUAUAAAUCGACCCUGGGCUACACCAUUUCUAGAGAAACGCAGAACCUGCAGGUGCCUUACUUCGUGGAUAAAAAUUUUGACAAGGCCUACCGAGGAGCUUCUCUUCGUGAUCUGGAGAAAACAAUAGAGAAAGAUUAUAUUGACUACAUCCAGACAAGUUGUUGGAAGGAGAAACAGCAAAAGUCGGAGCUGACCAAUCUGGCGGGGCUGUACAGAGAUGAGCGGCUGCGGCAGAAAGCAGAGUCGCUGAAACUCGAAAACUGUGCAAAGCUCUCCAAGCUCAUCGGCCUCCGCAGGGCCGGCUGAGAUUGAUGGCCCUGCUCACAAUGGGGGUUCCUACUCAUACUAUUACACUGCAAAUCCCAUUUUAUAAUACAAGUUAGGAAAUAUGAGUA